AUUAUAUAAACGAUACAAUUUUUAACAUGAAAUGUAUUUAAUACAUUAAAAUUUCUUUACAUAAUUAAAUUAAAAAAAUUAUAUUAUUUUAUUUUUAAAAUUUAAGAUUAAAAAUAUAUCAAAGUUUUAAAUAUAAAUAAAUUUUUAAUUUCUCGGCUAAAACCUAACUUUUAUUUGAGAAAAUGGUGGCAAUUUUUAUGACAGUUCUGAAGCACAUGAUGUUCCAGCUUCCGAAGCAUGCACUUAAGCUUGAAGGGUCUCUCCAUUUCAGCACACCUACUUUAUAUUUAUUUCCUUUAUUUAUCUGUUUCUCUGUUCAUGUACAAACUCUCAAUUAAAAUUUCUCUUCCAAGACUCAGCUACCAAUAAAUAUUUGUCAGUAAUAUUAGACCAGUUCGUACUUAUUUAUUUAAAUUAAAAAACAAUAGUAAAUUAUGAUUUAAAAGUAAUGAAAAUAAAAUUAUAGUUUAAUUUUUUUUAAUCCUUAAAAUUUAGACCAUCUCUGAUCUUAUUUUUCAAAUAAUUGUUUUGUUUCUAAUCCCUUAAAUUUAAUAAAUUAAUCUUUAAAUAUUAUAUACGAGGAACUAAAAUAAGUUUUAAAUUUUCAAUUAUAGAUUAAAAUCUAGAAUUUAAAAUUGUUUCAAAAUUUUAUGAUCUUAAUUAAUAAUAUAGUGUGUGGGGGAGUGUAUGUGUAUGGAAGAUGUGGCUUUGCAAUGAGAUCUGCGUCCCACGUUGCCGACCGGUGAAAGAGUGAUCUUUAAGCUUUACUCUCAUCUCAAAACAUGCAAAACAAUAAAGCAUUCACACUCUUCAUCUUCCAGUAAACCCUUCUUCACUCUCAUCAAACAAACUUUCAUUCAUUUCCACUUGCAUUCGUCAAUGCGCCCAGCUCCAAAACGCCAGACCCCAAUGCCGUUUUGAUCCCAUUCAAUACGGUUUCCGAUGGGUCACGUUAACCUCCCAGCCUCAAAGCGCGUGGGUGGCCCUCGCCAGUGGCGCCUGCUGGACGUCGUCACCGCGGCGUUCUUCGGCCUCGUCUUCCUCUUCUUCGUCCUCGUCUUCACGUCCCUGGGGGACUCGCUCGCCGCCUCAGGUCGCCAGACGCUGAACCUCUCCGCUUCCGAUCCGCUUCGGCGCCCCCGCGUGUCGGCGGCCAUUGAGGCCGGGCAGCCGCACGUAAUCGAGGCCUGCCCCGCUGACACCGCCGACCACAUGCCGUGCGAAGAUCCGAGGCUGAACAGCCAGCUGAGCAGGGAGAUGAAUUACUACCGAGAGAGGCACUGCCCGCCGCUGGAGAACACGCCGCUCUGCCUCGUCCCGCCGCCCCGUGGGUACAAGGUGUCGGUGCAGUGGCCGGAGAGCUUGCACAAGAUAUGGCAUAGCAACAUGCCAUACAACAAGAUUGCUGACAGGAAAGGUCACCAGGGAUGGAUGAAGAUUGAAGGUCCGUACUUUAUAUUCCCUGGAGGUGGCACAAUGUUUCCAGAUGGAGCAGAGCAGUACAUUGAAAAACUUGGUCAAUACAUUCCAAUGAAUGGUGGUGUUCUGAGGACUGCUCUUGAUAUGGGAUGUGGGGUUGCCAGUUUUGGAGGAUAUUUACUAGCUCAAAACAUAUUAACCAUGUCUUUUGCUCCAAGAGACUCACACAAAUCCCAGAUACAAUUCGCUCUUGAAAGAGGAGUACCGGCUUUUGUUGCCAUGCUUGGUACUCGCAGACUACCAUUUCCUGCAUUUGGCUUUGACUUGGUCCAUUGCUCUCGGUGUUUAAUCCCUUUUACAGCCUACAAUGCAAGUUAUUUCAUUGAAGUGGACAGAUUACUUCGCCCUGGUGGAUAUUUAGUCAUUUCUGGUCCCCCCGUUCAAUGGCCUAAGCAAGAUAAAGAAUGGUCAGAUCUUCAGGCUGUGGCAAGAGCUUUGUGUUAUGAACUGAUUGCUGUAGAUGGUAACACUGUGAUCUGGAAAAAGCCAGCAAGGGACAUGUGUCUCCCCAACCAAAAUGAAUUUGGUCUUGGCAUGUGUGAUGAUUCAGAUGACCCAAAUUUGGCAUGGUACUUCAAAUUGAAGAAAUGUGUCACUAGGGUGUCUUCUAUCAAAGGUGAAUAUACUGUUGGUACAAUUUCCAAAUGGCCAGAAAGGCUCACUGCUCCUCCAGUAAGGUCCACGAUCCUAAAAAAUGGUGCUGAUGUAUAUGAGGCUGACACUAAGCGAUGGGUAAGAAGAGUUGCAUUCUAUAAGAAUUCUCUAAAAAUAAAGUUGGGGACUCCAGCAAUACGCAAUGUUAUGGACAUGAAUGCAUUUUUUGGGGGAUUUGCGGCAGCACUGAAAUCUGAUCCUGUGUGGGUAAUGAAUGUUGUUCCAUCUCACAAGCCACCAACUCUUGAUGCAAUCUUUGAUAGAGGCCUUAUUGGAGUCUAUCAUGAUUGGUGUGAACCUUUCUCAACAUAUCCUCGCACCUAUGAUCUGAUCCAUGUAACAAACAUCGAAUCACUUAUAAAGGAUCCCGCCUCUGCCAAAAACAGAUGUAACCUUGUUGAUUUGAUGGUGGAAUUGGAUCGAAUUUUACGCCCAGAAGGAACUGUGGUGGUGAGGGAUACCCCUGAAGUAAUUGAAAGAGUAGCUCGUGUUGCACAUGCAGUGAGGUGGAAGCCCACUAUAUAUAAUAAAGAACCCGAAUCACACGGUAGGGAGAACAUUCUAGUUGCAACCAAGACCUUGUGGAAGCUCUAAUGCUCAUCCCACUAACAUAGCUGCGUAAUUUAGGUAAAAAUUUCCUUCCCACCGCUUCGGUGGAUGAGGUUUUUAAGGCUACCUUCUCUGUGCAUCAAAGGGAUGCAGUUUCCUUUCCUUUUCAGUGUUUAUAUUAAGAGAGAGUAAGGUUAGGAUCUGAGAAAAUUAAAAAGAUGUGAGGAUUUUGUGCAGUUUUAUAUGGAAAGCACAAGCUAGUGUUAUAUUUUUCUCUAUAGCCAUAAGGAUAACUUGUAAUUCAGUACUUUUAUUUAUCAUUGUUUAUUUAUUAGAAACAUCCAUCACUGAUCUAA